AUGCACCACAUUUCAUCGCAUUGCUGCACUGCCCACCUCAAGGCCACGCAUGUCAUCCUGCCCCCUCCCCUCAAGCGCACUGAGAAGCUCGUUGCUGCCUUGGCUGCUGGACAGUGGGUGCAUGUGCCCCAGCGGUUGCCUCUGCAGGCACGAGGGACGGGGAGUAACAUCUUGAAUGUCACUCCGGAGAGUAGAUUUACUGCCAUCUCAGAGGUGCCGCCAUCAAGCGAGGCAGGCAGAGUGUAUCUGUCGGACUGGGUGAUCAACCCGCAGGCAUUGCUGUACCAGCAGUUCCAGGCAGCGCUGCUGCUGCUGGCCAUCCUCAUCGGCAUCAUCGAGCCCUUCAACUUCGCGUUCCUCCACACCGACAACGUGCUCACGCCCGUCAACGCGUUCAUCUAUUGCACCGACACGAUGUUUGUUUCCCGAGGGACGUGCUCUUCUCUCCGUCUUAAUGCGCGCAGAACCUCUUCUCAUGUGCCUCGCCCCGCUCCCCCGCAGGUGUUUCUGAGCGACGUGCUGCUCUCCUUCUUUGUGCCCGAGUUCCGCAUGGGCAAGUGGAAGACCAGCCUCGCCAGCAUUGCCGUCGAGUACCUACGGGGCAUGUUCUGGUACGACAUCCUAGCAGCGCUGCCAUGGGAUCUGGUGCUCAAGGGCGUGUAUCAACCCACCGGCACCGCUGCUGUCGCCCUCUCUGCCUUUGGCCUGCUGCGACUGCUGCGCCUCAUCCGCCUUGCUCCAUGUGCUGCCCACUGCCCUUUUGUAUGCUGGAACGUGCUGUGGGACAUGGCAGUGGACGUGCAGUACGACUACAUCUCCACCAGUGUGCACAAGUUCGCCCUCCUCAUCCUCUUCGCCACCCACUGGUCCGCCUGUGUCUUCUUCCUCCUCGCCCGCGUGCGCAACUUCAGUGAGGACACGGGGCUGCAUGCGACGCUCCUCUGCUUGCUCAGCUGUAUGCACCCGAAACCCCCCCCUCUCCCUCACAUCCCCCCUCUGUCCCUUCCUUCCACUUCACCAUCCUCUUACUGUUCCCUCCUGUCACUUGACUACUUUUCCUCCGCGUUAUUCCUUUUCCUCCCGCCCCUCAUGACCACAUUCCCCAUCCCAUCCCCAGUGGGUGGGGCACUGCGAGCCCGACCUGCCUCUGCGCCCUCCGCUCGACGCCUAUGUCACUUCCAUCUACUGGUGCGCUGCUGCCUUCUCUCCUCUUUCUCACUCCCCAAGCAAUCAACCAUUUCUGAUGCGUGCUUCCAUGCCUGCCACCUCACCUUUGCCUUCUCAACUGCCCUGUACCACUCAUAUGUGAUCAUGCAUCACACUAUCUGCAUCCGUCUCAUCGGUCGUGCCUUUCCGUGUGUGCCUCCCGUGCCCCUUGCCGUCCUCUGCGACGCCCUGCUGGUGCGUACUGCUCUGCCUGCCAGGGCGAUGACCACCCUGUGCACCACAGGUACUGCACCACAGGUACUGCACCACAGGUACCGCACCACAGGUAUUGCACCAUUGGUACUGCACCACAGGUACAUGCGCGUGCAUGUGGUGCCGGCCUCACUGCAGGAGCAGGAGCCGGAGCACCUCAGGCUGCACUUCGACACUGCCGAGGUGAGGGACGAUGUGUUGUUGCACUGCCCAUCAUCCGUGCGCACGCUGGUGAAGCGCCACGUGUACUCGCGCUUCAUCAACUCCUCCUACCUCUUCGCCGGCACAUCCAACGUCUUCCGCGUGAGUCCCCCGCCUCACCUUGUGCUCAUUCCACCCCUGACCUCUCCCCUUGCAUGUGGCCCUCCCACUUGCUUCGUCAAUUCCUCCUACCUCUUUGCCGGCACCUCUAACAUCUUUCGCGUGAGUCAACAUCUUCCGCUAACAACGAGAGCCAAUGUGGACUUCUUCCUGCCACACGUGGACCUGGUGGCAGCCGGCAACAGCACCACGGAGCUGCUCAUCAUUGCCUCGGGGCAGGCGCAGGUGUGUGCUUCAUGGCUUCGUGUCGGCACAGCGAGGUGUCGGCACAGCGAGGUGUGGGCACAGCGAGGUGUGGACACAGCGAGAUGUGGACACAGCGAGAUCUGGGGACAGCGAGGUGUGUUGAUGAAGUAA